GAUGACACCACUACCUUAUAAGGGGGAUGUUACCGUCCUCUAUCUCUCUCUGUACCUGACUCUCUGGUGUGUGUGUGUGUGUGUGUGUGUGUGUGUGUGUGUGUGUGUGUGUGUGUGUGUGUGUGUGUGUGUGUGUGUGUGUGUGUGUGUGUGUGUGUGUGUGUGUGUGUGUGUGUGUGUGUGUGUGUGUGUGUGUGUAUUGUGCGCGAGCGCUGCAUUCAUAACAUUCGUUUUCACAGAAAACACGUGACCCGCGCUGAGAGGGGCGUAUCCCCGUUCAGUUCACUUCCUCAGGACGGUCUCGCAGUGAGGAGCCUUUCUUUCACUUCCUUUCACCUGAUUAACUAGUUUUAGAAACACUUUAACCUCCGUUUCUUCCCUUACAUUUAUACUUUUACAACUUAAUACCGUAUGGACGCAAUAUAACACCGGAUUAGAUACGAUAAGGUAAGGUCAACGGUCUACUAUGGAUGAGGAGAGAGAGGAGGGGGGUCCUACCUAUAGGACCACUCUGUCUGGGGAACAUGGCCGCCGGAGCAAAGCUAAGAGCCCAGAGAAGCAGCAGAGAGCAGACUCCCCUGGACCCAGCUGUGUCUCCAUGAAAAGUGACCGCUCUAUGGAACAUCCUGUUGGGUUUAAAGAUGGAAAUCAGUCUAUUGAGAAGAGAAGAGUCCAGCAGGAGAGACCAGACUCCCCUGGACCCAGCUGUGUCUCCAUGAAGAGUGACCACUCUAUGGAUAUACCAUGGCGUUUGAAUGAUGGACGCCCCUCCAGAGAGGAGAGGCCAGAGCAGCAGGAGAGAGCAGACUCCCCUGGACCCAGCUGUGUCUCCAUGAAGAGUGACCAUGGACCUAUGGACCUACCUCCUGAAUUUAAAGAUGGACGGCCCUCCAGAGAGGAGAGAAGGAGGCAGCAGAGAGCAGACUCCCCUGGACCCAGCUGUGUCUCCAUGAAGAGUGACGGGUCUAUGGGUAUACCUGUUACCUUUAAAGUUGGACGGCCCUCCAGAGAGGAGAGAAGGAGGCAGGAGAGGGCAGUCUCCCCUGGACCCAGCUGUGUCUCCAUGAAGAGUGACUGGUCUAUGGAACAUCCUGUUAACUUUAAAGACGGAAAUCAGUCUAUUGAAAAGAGAAGAGUUCAGCCGCAGAGAGCAGACUCCCCUGGACCCAGCUGUGUCUCCAUGAAGAGUGACUGGUCUAUGGAACAACCUCAUAACUUUAAAGAUGGACGCCCCUCCAGAGAGGAGAGGCCACACCAGAAGAGGUCAAAGGUUACCAGUGCUCAGUCUGUACAGCAGCAUCAAACAGAGCUGAUCAAGAGGGCUGAGGAGAACGCACACGCUUUUCUAGACAAGGAGCUGAAGAAGCUCUGGAGGGUUCUCUUCCCAGAUUACCCACAAUGCUCAGAGAGUCAGAGGGAGGAGGAGGAGGUGGAUGGUAAGAAGGAGGAGCAGAGGAGGCACGCCAUAGAGGGAGUGGUGGACAUCACAAAGCUCUGCCUGAUGGAGAUGAACCAGGAGGAACUGGCCGACACACUGUGGGGCGGAUCUGCUGCUGUCGAGUGCCAACAUAAAAUCAAGUCUCAUUUGAAGAAGAAAUUCCGGCAUGUGUUUGAGGGACUCCCUAAAGCAGGAGAGAAAACAGAUCUGAAUGACUUCUACACAGAGAUCUUCAUCACAGAGAGAGGCAUUGGAGAAGUCAACAAGGAACAUGAGGUCAGACUGAUUGAAACGGCUUCCAGGAAACCAGCCAUGGAGGAAACACCAAUCAGAUGUGAAGACAUCUUUAAACCCUUACCUGGACACGAUCAACCAAUCAGGACGAUAAUGACAACUGGAGUGGCUGGCAUUGGUAAGACCGUCUUAACACACAAGUUCACUCUGGACUGGGCUGAAAGCAAAACCAACCAGGACAUACACUUCACAUUUCUCCUCACUUUCAGAGAGCUGAAUUUACUGAAAGGGCAAGAGUUAAGCUUGGUGGAACUUCCUCAUCAUUUCUUUAAUGAGACCAAAGAAGCAGGAAUCUGUAGAUACGACCGGUUCAACGUUGUCUUCAUCUUGGAUGGUCUGGAUGAGUGUCGACUUCCUCUGGACUUCCAGAACAACCCGAUCUGGACUGAUGUCACAAAGCCGACCUCAGUGGACGUGCUGAUGACAAACCUCAUCAGGGGCGACCUGCUUCCCUCCGCUCGCAUCUGGAUAACCACACGCCCUGCGGCAGCCAAUCAGAUCCCUGCUGAGUGUGUUGACAUGGUGACAGAGGUGAGGGGGUUCACCGACCCACAGAAGGAGGAGUACUUCAGAAAGAGAUUCAAAGAGGAGACGCUGGCCAACAAAAUCAUCUCCCACGUCAAGAAAUCCCGAAGCCUCCACAUCAUGUGUCACAUCCCAGUCUUCUGUUGGAUCACUGCUACAGUUCUGGAGGACAUCUUAAAGGAAUCCCAGAUAGAAGAGAUGCCCAAGACCGUGACUCAGAUGUACAGCCACUUCCUGAGGGUCCUGUCCAUACAGGGGGACAGGAAGUAUCCUAGGAGUGCUGAAACAGAUCCAGACUGGAGCUCAGAGAGCAGGGAAAUCAUUGUUUCUCUGGGAAAACUGGCUUUUAACCAGCUGGAGAAAGGCAACCUGAUCUUCUACAAGGAAGACCUGGCAGACUGUGGCAUCGACAUCAAAGCAGCCUCAGUGUACUCAGGAGUGUUCACCCAGAUCUUUAAAGAGGAGUUUGGGCUGUACCAGGCCAGGGUGUUCUGCUUUGUCCAUCUGAGCGUCCAGGAGUUUCUGGCUGCCCUUUAUGUCUUUCUGUCCUUCAUCGAUACUGGUAUCAAUCUGCUCUCAGAAGAACAACCCACCUCUGGGGAAGAUAAACCCCUCCUCCUCUACCAGAGUGCUGUGGACAAGGCCUUACAGAGUGAGAACGGACACCUGGACUUGUUCCUCCGCUUCCUCCUGGGCCUCUCUCUGGAGACCAAUCAGAUUGUCCUACGAGGUCUGCUUGGACAGACAGAAACUAGCUCACUGACCAAUACAAAAACAGUGUCUUACAUCAAGAAGAAGAUAAAAAGAGAUCUAUCUUCAGAGAGAAGCAUCAAUCUGUUCCACUGUCUCAAUGAGCUGAACGACCGUUCUCUAGUGAAGGAGAUCGAACAGUACCUGACAUCAGGAAGUGAUCCCCAAAAAACUCUCUCUCCUGCUCAACUGUCAGCUCUGGCCUUCAUCCUACUGACAUCAGAAGAGGAGCUGGACGUGUUUGACCUGAAGAAAUACUCUGACUCAGAGAAGGGUCUUCUGAGGCUGCUGCCAGUGGUCAAAGCCUCAAAAACAUCUCUCCUGAAUGGCUGUUAUCUGUCAGAGAGAUGCUGUGAAGCUCUGGCCUCAGUUCUCAGCUCCAACUCUUCUAGUCUGAGAGAGCUGGACCUGAGUACCAAUGAUCUGCAGGAUUCAGGAGUGAAGCUGCUCUCUGCUGGACUGGGGAGUCCACACUGUACACUGGAAACUCUCAGGCUGAAUAGCUGUGAUCUGUCAGAGAGAUGCUGUGAAGCUCUGGCCUCAGUUCUCAGCUCAAACUCCUCUAGUCUGAGAGAGCUGGACCUGAGUACCAAUGAUCUGCAGGAUUCAGGAGUGAAGCAGCUCUCUGCUGGACUGGGGAGUCCACACUGUACACUGGAAACUCUCAGGCUGAAUAGCUGUGGUCUGUCAGAGAGAAGCUGUGAAGCUCUGGCCUCAGUUCUCUGCUCCGAAUCCUCUAGUCUGAGAGAGCUGGACCUGAGUACCAAUGAUCUGCAGGAUUCAGGAGUGAAGCUGCUCUCUGCUGGACUGGGGAGUCCACACUGUACACUGGAAACUCUCAGGCUGAAUGGCUCUCAUCUGUCAGAGAGAAGCUGUGAAGCUCUGGCCUCAGUUCUCAGCUACAACUCCUCUAGUCUGAGAGGGCUGGACCUGAGUAACAAUGAUCUGCAGGAUUCAGGAGUGAAGCUGCUCUCUGCUGGACUGGGGAGUCUACACUGUACACUGGAAACGCUCAGCUUGUCUGGCUGCCUGGUCACACAGGAAGGCUGUGCUUCUCUGGCCUCAGCGCUGAGCUCCAACCCCUCCCAUCUGAGAGAGCUGGACCUGAGCUACAAUCACCUAGGAGACUCUGGAGCUACGCUGCUUUCUGCUAGACUGGAGGAUCCACGCUGGAGACUGGACACUCUCAGUGUGGAGCACGGUGGAGUGUGGAGGCUGAAACCAGCUCUAAAGAAGUAUGCCUGUGAACUCACACUGGACCCCAACACGGCCCACAGACACCUCUCUCUGUCUGAGGACAACAGGAAGGUGACGUGGGUUGGAGAGGACCAGUGGUAUCCGGAUCACCCAGAGAGAUUUGACUCCCAGCCCCAGGUGUUGGGUAGAGAGGCUCUGACUGGCCGCUGUUACUGGGAGGUAGAGUGGGAAGGAUGGGUUUAUAUAGGAGUGACAUACAGAGGAAUCACAAGGAGAGGAGGGGGUGGUGACAGCUGGCUUGGAGGGAACAACAAGUCAUGGAGGCUUGAUUGUUAUGAUGGUCGUUACUCUGCCCGGUACAACGGUACAGAGACAGUCCUCCGUCUCCCCCCCGCUGGCUCCACUAGAGUAGGAGUGUAUCUGGACCGGCCUGCUGGCUCUCUGUCCUUCUACAGAGUGUCCCCAGGUGGAGGAGGGUCCUCAGACACACUGACACACCUCCACACCUUCUGGUCCUCCUUCACCCAGGAGGACCUCCUCCCGGGGGUUAGGGUAGGGCGGGGGUCCUCAGUGACUCUGUGUCGGUUGUAGAAAAAAAAAACGGCCCCGGGGCAGUCAGUUGUCGAAAAAUGGGGGGGGGGGUCAGCGGAGUGCCUCAGACUCAGUGUAGUAAAAAAAGAAAGUGCCGCCCCCUCCGCCCCGGCACACGCACGCACGCACGCACGCAAACACACACAUACACACAUACACGUUCACACACACAUAAAAAAAACACAUACGCGCACACACAUAGGGCCCUAUGUUUGGGGCCCUAUGUGAAAAGCGCAAGUAGCUUUGUGGGCGGUUCUACGGCGCUAUCGCUAUUUUACAGGCGGAUAAAUGACACUUGCGUCGCGGCGCAAGUGUCAAAAGGGUUGGUCUGAAGCAGCCUAGUUACCCGUAGGUGUGGUUUGGGCGUAACGUCCAACAAACCAACGAGAGUGCCAGCUCCCAUCCCCUUUAAGAGCCAUGAGCGCAUUUGAAUCGGACGAGUUGAUAUUUUGACAGCGCGUCUGCAGUCUCCGAUGAGACAGAUGCACAUGAAUUUCAAACUGCAAAUGGCUCAGUUUAUUGCCAAAUAAUAUGGCCUAAUUCACACAUGGAAUAAGGGGUUUUUCUUCCACAACUUCAGAAAUACUGAGUCCUCAAAUAAAUGUCGGCAAAGAAAACGUAUAUGAUAUAACAUAUGAUAUGCGGUAACUGUGGUUCUAUUUAAUGAUAUACGCAAUACAUUAUAAACAUUGUUUCUUAUCAGUAUUGUAUGCUAUCCUAAUAUGCAUGUGUCCCCGCGGUAAUAGACAUUGCCAUUGAUUGUAUUAUGCGUUACAUGUUUAGUUUGCGUGUGUUUAAAUAGAGCACACACGCACGCACGCCCGCAUUCAUUCAUUCUUUUUAACACAAAACAAUGUUUUUCACGAUCAAAUACUCAUCAAUCCUAAAAGUUAUGGGCAUGUAGGCCUACACGAUGUCUGUGUCAAGAAAAUAUGCGUUUGCUGUACGGUGUUUGCAGAUGCAUUGAUUUAAAAGUACAACUUAUUACCGCCGAAUCAGCUGUUCUUUCCCAAAUAAUUUACCAAGAAUGUGCGGCUAGGUAGAUGGGAGAAGCAAAGUGUAUGCGCGAGGUGCACAAGCAAUCCGUAUGCAUCGUAUGCGCAUGUAUGCAUGCGCCCUUGAAAUAGCAUCUGAACAACGCGCCACUGACUUUAAACCAGGUAUUUCCUGGUCAGUAGCGCAACGGUAUUCAGAAACGGCAAAAUACCGUUUGCGCCAGAACACGCCUCCUCCUUCCGCCGAACCGCCCCUUGGGGCGCAUGAUCAAUCCCUAAUUUACCGGCGGGUGGCGGUGGUGGGAAAAGAACGCUCUGCGCCAGUUGUAAACUAGCAACGACACAUGCGCCAGUGACUAAGUCACUUGCGCCGGAUGCAAGAUAGGGCCCAUAGUCUCUCUCUCUCUUUCUCUCUCUCUCUCUCUCUCUCUCUCCAUCUCUCUCUCUCUCUCUCUCUCUCUCUCUCUCUCUCUCUCUCUCUCUCUCUCUCUCUCUCUCUCUCUCUCUCUCUCUCUCUCUCUCUCUCUCUUCUUUGAAGUAUAGCAUGAUAAACCAUGAAAAUACUUUUAAGAUCUCCCAUAGUUAGUUAAGCACAUGCACAUUUAGUUGAGGGCGUCACCAGUUUUGGUCAUCAGGACUCUAUUAUAAUGGUUUUCACCUCUUUGGAUGCUUUUAUCCUCCCCUUGGAAAAAACCUAACAUUAUCAAACUUCUUCACGAAAAUGUUUAGUUUUCUUUGUAUUAAAAAUUAUCAUUUAAAUCCACAAACAUCAUAUGUGUAACCCGGGGCAUGUAAAGACUGGGACCAGAAAAUAAUGACUUCCUCUCCAUUCAAACCCAUUCAUAUUCUUCGAUCUUAUAGGUCCCAUGGGCUCUACCGGAAGGGGCGUGACUCUGCCACUCUGUAGGUCCAUGACUAGCCCUAGGCUAACGUCUUGCCCAACACUUUACCCGGGAUAACGUCAAACUGUUGCCGUGUUAACGGGACUAAACACCAACCGCCGCAGUGUGGGCAGCAGGGGCUGGGGGAGGGCUGCGGGGGGACAGGGCGCGCCACCCCUCCUCGUCCCAGCCGCCGGCGUGGCCGUCGACGGGCCAGACGUCGGAGGACGGGGUCCCCGAACGGCGCUCCAACGCCCCCCUACGACGGAUCCCGGUGGGGGCCCAGAAGGAAGUGGUCCCCGACCACACCCCCAGGGCUCCUGCUGACUCUGGGGUCUGGCAGACGAGGGCCUUCGCUAAGGAUUCUGGGGGUUCUACUGUUCUAGGGUGUGGGACCGUUUCGGGGCCCUCCUGGGUCAUUUAUGUUUGGUAAACUAAUCAGGGUUCAUGGGUUGGGGUUUAUCGAUGUUGGGGUGUGUUGGUGACUCUUGUGUUCAUGUUGUGUUCAUUGCACCAUUACUGAAAGUGUUAGUGUGGUUCAAUGGUGGCGUGUGUUUUAGUGUGUACCGUGCUGGUGUUAUUAAAGGCAGCUCCGUUGUCCAGCGGUGUAUGGGGCGCGGAGCUGCGGCCGACUGCUAAACCUGGGCUCCCGUCUCGUCCUUCACCCGCUGCUCACCACAAUAUGAUUGUUGAAGUUAAACGGAUUGAUUUAUGGAACAUUAUUGUCUAGUGGGCUCAUAUUUAAAAGGAUUAUGGUGGGAUGUUAUUAUUUAAAUAAGAAGUAAAUAUUAUAUAUUUAUAAUUAGAACUAAGUUUAAGUAAAAAAAAAAACUGAAUAACAUUAAGAAUGAUAAACAGUGGGUGAAUUUAUUUUACACUUUGAUUAACGUAAGGGAAAUAAGGCAAUCAUUUAAAAAAAAAAAUCACAUUGUAAAACAACUUUUUUCUUGUUUCUUGAUGGUUUUUCACCUUGCUCACAACUGAAUUACUUACAACUGACCAUCAAUUGAGACUUCAAUAAAAGAAGAUAAAGAGGAAACAGUUUGUUUAUUGAGUGAAACCCAGAAGGAACUCUGAGUGGAUGCACCAAUCUCGCUCAAGUGGAGAAUGCACAAAAAAGGAAAGGACUUGACAAUAGUAAUAUUAUAACAGUAUUCAUUAGUGAUAUUAAUAUUAUAACAGUAUUCAUCAGUGAUGUUAAUAUUUUAAUAGUGCUCAUCAAAACUAAAAUUUGGAUUUACUGAAUCCCAGUUAAACAGUUUAAUUUAAUUCCGGCUUGUAUUUCCAGUUGGUCUCAUUGACAUUGAGGCUAGAGUGUGAGGCCGUUCUAGAUGGCGCUCUAUUCCGAGGUGGCUAUCACUAAAGCUAACAUGAAGCUAAAGGCGUUGUGUAUUUUUGGUGUAAUGAGCUCACAGGAGUCCCAGCGUUCUGCUCUCAUCGCUUUAUUAAAACAUUCCUGGACACGACACUCGGUGAUCAUGAGUGAUGUGAUGAUGAGAGUUGAUCAGGAGCCCGUCCUCUCGCCGGGACACAUGGGGCUCCAGGUGGGAGGUCAGAGGUCCGAGGUCAGAGCCCGUCCUCUGGCCGGGUCACAUGGGGCUCCAGGUGGGAGGUCAGAGGUCAGAGCCCGUCCUCUAGCCGGGUCACAUGGGGGUCCAGAUGGGCGGUGUUAUGGGAGAACAUAAUAUUGUGUAUUAUGCUUGGUUGUGCUGCUCUGCCUCCAUGUCCCAUAGUAGGAGGAGACUGGGCGUUGAUUGACACUGAUUGAUGAAAGGCCGGCCCUCCCAAGUAUAAAAGCCUGCCUACUUCAAGAUGGCUGUCUCUCUCUCUCAGCCUCGACAUGGCAGACGCUGGCCGGUCGCACGUUUUUGUUUUGGUUAAAUUAGAAGUCGUUUGUUAAACUGGUCUGUAUUAAUUGUGAUCGUUGUUGAUCUUUGAUCUAGGAGCGGUUGCGUUUUUUCUUCUGUUUUAGUGGCAACCGUCUCGCAUUUUUUCUGUUAAACAAGUUUUGGCUCUUUUGGGAAAUAAACAGAACACUAUUCUUUCCCAAAAAUCCGUUUCAUUUUUCGUUAUUAUGUUAACUGCUCACACGUUUGAUGUGGGCCCGUAACAUAAAUGGGGGCUCGUCCGGGAUUGAAUAUGUUUUGCGUGUUUAUCCUAGGGAUUGCGCAUUUAAAUUAUCUUUUUUGGGGAAACGUUUUUACUGCGUCCGCGCAUUUGUUUACCCUUUUGACGCGUUAUGGGGAUUGCGUUUUUGACCCAGUAUUUCGAUUUUUCCCAGUGUGCCAGGCUACCAGCCCUGUCUGUCUUUUUUCUCGCUUUUUGUGAAUUUUUUUCCGGUCUAAUCUGCUGCUUCUUUCGCUGUUUUUUCGCCAUGUUCGAUUUAGACGAGUUUAUUAAAUCUCCAACUCCCGACACCUUCUCUGCCGCGACGCGGGAUGAUCUGGUCAAAGUUGCAGGUCAUUAUAGAAUAGAGGUUCCGGGUAGGCCAUCUAAAGCAGAGCUUUUAGAUAGUCUUACGGAAGCUUUGGGCCGUCUCGGUAUAUUUACAGACGUAACACCCCCGGCUGCCCCUGAUCCUCCAAUCACGCCUACGCUCACCAAAGCGGCAUUCGGGCUCCGUCGAUUGGAGUUGCGAGAAAAGGAGAUUGAAUGGGAGCGAGAAAGAACACUACUCGAAGCAGACAGACAGAUGGUACAAGAGCGUGAGAAGAGAGACCACGAGCUUAGAAUGCGAGAUAUGGAACUCGCCCAAGCCAUUCGAUUAAAAUAAUUGGAUUUAAAAGCAUGUGAAUCUGGCAUUUCAAGCCAGCCUUUUGAUGUCACUCGUAAUAUAAGACUUGUCCCACCUUUUAACGAAAAGGAUGUGCAUAAGUUCUUUGCUCAUUUUGAGAGAGUCGCUACUGUUUUGAAAUGGCCACCAGAUGUGUGGUCCAUGACGUUGCAGUGCGUUUUUGUGGGUAAAGCGCAGCAGGCUUACUCGUCCCUGUCGUUAGAGGAUGCCGCUGAUUAUGGAAAAGUAAAACAAUCAGUUUUAGCGAGUUUAUUCACUUGUUCCUGAAGCGUACAGACAGAAGUUUCGCAACUACCAAAAGUCUGAGUCGCUCACGCACGUCGAGUUCAUGCGGGAGAAAGAGUUAUUGUUUGAUCGUUGGCUUAGCUCUCAGAAGAUAACAACAUUUGAGGACCUUCGUGAUAUAAUGAUUCUGGAGGACUUUAAAAACUGUCUCCCGAAAAGUGUUGCCAAGUUCGUCAGUGAGCACAAAGAUUUGACAGCAUCCAGCGCAGCGGUGCUGGCUGAUGAUUACGUGCUGGCGCAUAGGGGCGCGAGCUCUGGUCCUGUGAACUUUCAGCAGAACCGCAACUAUAAUUUAAGAGGUUCUCCUAGGCCUUUUAAUGACGCUGCAGCAGCAAGCACUCCAACUUCGGAGCAUAGAGGAGUGACUGGCCCUAAAAAUUAUGUCCCGGUCUGUGGAUAUUGAAAAAAACGUGGCCACCUGAUUCCCGACUGUUAUUUGCUAAAAAGUAAAAACAAGUCUAACCCCACAGCUUCAUCUAGGACUGAAUCUGGUUUGGGUCUAUGUGUUUCGACACUUCCUUUGACGUCUCGGAAAGACGAGAGUAUUUCUCAGGCUUUUGCGCCAUUUAUUAUGGACGGUUUUGUCACUUUGCUCAAAGAGCCUAAUGCACGCAUUCCUAUUAAAAUACUUCGCGACACGGCUGCGUCGCAGAGUUUCAUCUUAGAGAAUGUCCUGCCUUUCAGUGAAAAGUCCCACGUUGGUGCGAGUGUCUUAGUCCAGGGUUUUGAUAUGGGAUUUGUGAAUGUGCCCCUACAUGAGAUUUCACUCUCUUCUGACUUGGUCACCGGCACUGUAAAAGUGGGCGUACGCCCCUCUCUCCCUAUUGCGAACGUAUCGUUCUUGCUUGGGAAUGAUUUGGCAGGUGGGAAGGUAUUUCCUAACCCUGUUGUAACCCAUAGCCCUGUUGUGACUACGGCUUCUCAAAGUGUAUGUCCUGACGAUGUGGCUGUGAAAUACCCAGAGGUUUUUCACGCCACUGUUGUUACGCGCGCCAUGGCGCAAAUAGCCAAAGAGACCCCUGUUCGUGAACGCAGGGAUGAGUUUUCCGAUCUCUGUGAUACCUUUAUUGCUCAUCCCAUGUCGUCUGCUAGUGGUAAAACGUCUGUGAAGUCGGCUCCACUAUCUACGAUUCCUUGCGUUCCUAAAUUGUCUCCCAGUCGCGAACAA